UUCAAAGGCAGAGCAGCCAGCGACCGCCCCCAAACCCCACACCCUCCAUCCUCAAAGGGCUCCCGUUCCGUCAACUUCACUCGCUCACCAGCGCCCACAAUGCGCUCGCCAACACCCACCCUCCUCUUCGUCCUCCUCGCGGCACUCCUCCUCAGCACACCCGCCGCCCCGGCUCCCAUCUCUCCAUCUCCAUCACCCACCUUCCCCGGCACCGCCUUCCUCCAAACCCUCCUGCACUCCCCUCCGCUCAAAAACAAAUUCGCCACCCGCCUCCCCCUCCCUCCCGCUUCCACCCUCGCCCGUCGUCAUCUCCCAACCCUCCACACCGCAACCCUCUCCCAAAACCUCUCCACCCUCCUCUCCCCCCACACCGCGUUCCCCUUCCCAACCUUCGCCAACACCCGCUGCGAUCUCGUCAAAGACACCCGCCCGGUGAUCCCAUUCACAGAGCAAUCGGGACUGCAGGCCUAUUUCACAGCCUUGUUUGACGCCAUCCCCCCAGCGACACGGAACGUGAUCACAUUAUCGCGAUUCGAUCUCUUCCACGCCCACCUAUUCGCCAGCCCAUCCGCGAACGCCGUAGGGCUCGUGUUCCAUAGUAAAGAGUACCCCACCUACUCAGCGCAAGCCUUCCCGUACAACCUCGGCUUCUGCCAACUCAACUCGACGGUUGCGUACAACGACGCGCAGAUGCGGCGGCGGAACAUCGUGUGGCUGCUGGAUGGCGAGGCGCGGAUAAGCUUGUGGUGGAUCGAUAUGGCGGCGAGGAGUGGGAGGGCGGACGUGGAUGCGGUGUUGAACGAGGCGCCGUUUUAUACGCUUUAUGAGGAUGAUUUGGGGCAUGUCGUCGCGGAUUUGGAUUACCUCAGAGGGACCGGGCUGGGGAUGAGCCUGUAUUGAGGGGAUGGGUCGACGGUUGGAGAGUAGCUCGAGUGGCUCGCUGCUGCCUCGCGGGGCGCUGAAGAAGGGCUGUCAUCGUCGGAAACGUU